UUAAGGUCAGCGAUGUCAGGAUGCGGGGAAUGAAAAUGGCGGAGCUACAUUUCGAGGCUCCACUUGCAAAAUUUGAAAAUGAGGAACUUGCAGAGUAUAGUGAUUUUCAAGGUGUAAGUGAAACAAGUAGCCUUUUGAACACGGACAUGUCAUCUGCUCAUGAAAAAAGUGAACAUUCAGAAAACUUCGCGGAAACAGUGUCUGAAUCAUUGGAAGAUUUGGUGAAUACAUUUGAUGAAAAAAUAACAAAAUGUUUCUGCAAUUUCGAGGAAAAAGUAGAUCAUAUAGCUCCAGUUCAAGUCAGAACACAAGAGGAAGUAGUAAAAGAUUGCCAAAUGUGGUGGACACUUACAGGGAAUUAUGGGAACAUUUUACCAAUAGAUUGGUCAAAAUCUUACGUCAAACAGAUGAAAGAAAAGGUUUUACAUUUAGAAGAAGGAAAAGCUAGUGAACCAAUGAAUUUAGAUUUGUCAGAUGAUGAUGAUGUAGCGCAGGCAUUAGAUAUGCACAGUCUCAUAGUAUCUAGUCUACAGCAUCCAGAAACAGAAGAUUAUGUAGCCACUGCUGAAGAGGUUAUAAGUGAAAUAGAAUCUAUGAUGCAGGAUGGACCUUUAAAUGGAGAUGAAACAGUAGAUCCCACCACCUUGAAUGUAGUCCCAGUAGAGCCGGACAGGGAUCCAGUCCCUGUUCUUCCCUCUUAUACAGAAUCAGAAUUAAAAGAAAUGUCUUGUUCAGCUUUAAAUGAAGUUUUAGCAGAAUAUGAAAUUGUGAUCAAAGAACUUUCAGAAAUACUGAUUCGUGAAUUAGCCUUAAGAGAUGAACUAGAAUAUGAUAAAGAAUUGAAAAAUCAGUUUAUUUCUCUGCUGCUGACAAUCCAGAAAAAACGUAGAGAUAAUAACGUGGAUAAAAAGAAGAAGAAAACUAAAACCACCAGUGUGAAUAAUAACCCAGAUAAUCCUGUCAGUACAUUCUUGACAACAGUAAUACCAUACCAUUCAUUUGGAGGACCACCAACAUCAGAACAGUUACAGAUUUACAUUAAGAUUCUGAAAGCUAUAAAUGCAGACAGUCCUACAGUACCUACAUUGUUAACAGAUUAUAUACUUAAAGUUUUGUGUCCCACAUAGGAAAAUUGUUACCAAAGAUAUUACAGUUCCAUAGCACAUGCAAAAUGGUUUUAUUAUUUAGUCGUGUGAAUGUCUGUUAGCAGUAUUUUAUUUGUAUAGUUUGAAGGCAGCGCUUGAAUAAUUUGUGAGAUACAUCUUGUCUUAGUUCAUUAUCCAUGAUAAAUCAAAAUAUGUUUUUCAUUCUGUAAACCAACAAGAUAUGAUAAUCUUUUUUGGAAGACAUUUGUUGAAUAAGAUUACCAUAUUUUGAUUGGUGAUGAAUUACUAAUUUUAUUAGCAUUCGAAAUAUGAAUCUGUUGAACAAGUAGUUAAAAAAAGGUCAUCCAUUAUGUUUUAUUCUACAGGAGUAUAAUUUCUUUUUGUGCUUAAGUUUUCUUUAUUAUUUGUUAAAUUGGUUUACUUUGAGCGUAAAGUUUUUCAAGCAUACCAAUUUUCAUUGUUUCAGGAAUAUCAGGAGGACAAAUAGUUAUAAUUCUAAAAUCUCUAUUUCAAUGGGAACAGUUGAUUAUUGAAAAAAAAGUCUUUUAAAUGUGAAAUAUGACAUUGUGAAUGUAUCUUUGAAAAUUCUGAUUGCUAUAUUUGAAUUGAUAGUAAUAUUCAUGAAAUCCAUGAAAACUAGUGUCUCAUCAUCUGUAUAUUUAAACAUAUUUUCUUCUAUAUAAAUCAAAAAUAAUUUUUACUGUGAUAUUGUUUUGUUUUAUAGAAUUUUUUUUUAUUCCCACUUAAUUUUUUAUGGUUUUAUUAAUGAUAUAGGUCUGUCAUUUAUUCUCUAAUUUUAGCAAAGAAAGACAUUUUGAUAAAGUGAAAAUUUGUACUGAUUUGGAUUUAGGUUGAACACUGACAUUUUAUAUUAAGUGACCAAAAUAAUUAUUCUUUGAGGAGCAUGUUACCAUCAAUAGUAGCAAUGUGAUGAUACAUCAAGCAUGUGCUUUUAAAAGGUAGUUAAAGACAUCUGUCCUGUGAUGUAAAUUUAGAAUCCUUGACAGUGAAUUUGUGAAUGGGCCUGCCAGCAUGAUUUAUUUCAAAAUAUGUUUUCUGCAUCACACAUUUAAUUUACUAUCUUAUUAUGAUUGUAAGUCAUAUAAAAAAGCUGCUAUUAAGUUGGAUAUUUUUAAUGAACAAAUAAUUGACGCUGUGAUAUUUAAAAAAAAAAGUUUGAUAUCUUUAUAGAAUGUUACCCAACAGGAAUAUUUCAAAUAUCACUUGAUAGUUAUAGAUAUAAAUAUUAUUUGGUGUGAAUUUAAAUUCAUUUGUUAUCAAACAAAAUAAAUAAAUGCAAUUUUUACUUCAGACAAGAAGAGAAGUUUUGGGGUAAAUGUUAUUUGAAAAUACAAGCAGAGAAGCUUCAAAUUGUUUUUAUAUCUGAUGUCAAAUAAAUUAAGUUACAAUUCUGUUAACUUUUAAUUUACUUACAAGUCAGCUUACUGUAUAUUUACACAAGUCUAUUUAAUAUAUAUUUUACACGAGGUAAAAUCCCACCGAGAUUUCUAAAAAUCAAAUAUUCAGAAUUUCUGAAUUUGUCCCUUUUCUACCAGUAUCAAAUAUACACUGAAUUAUUAGGCUUUAGAUACUUAUGAUUUACAUUUGUUUAUUAUCUCUUUAUUAUGACCUAUAAUGUACAGUAAAUUAAAAAAAUUCAUAUGAUGUUAAUAUUAAUAACAUAAAUAUGACAUGAUGAUCAUUGCUAUAAUUAAAACUAGCUUCAUAAUUUUUGCUUGAAAUAUUGAGCAACAUGUACCAGAUUAUACUGUUUCACAUUAUUGUGGAUGAUUUUUCAGGAAAUUCAAUUGCAAUUUACUUAUGGAUUUUAUGAUCUGGUGCAUAUAUGUACAUAAAAUGAUUCAUGAUAAUUAUUUUCAUUUCUAUAAUUUCGUUGAAUGAACAAUGAAAAUAACAUUUAUUUUAGUAUCAUGGUUUACAUUGAUUUUUUUUUUUAUUUUUAUGCCUGAAGGAGAUGAAAGUAGUGAUUUUGAUAACCAAGAAAAUUUGCCUGCUUUUUUGUCAUAGAAUGUAUCUGGCAAGUAAAAUUUUUUAAAUAUACUUUUCAAUUUUUUAACUAGAAAUUUAAUAUAAUUAGAUAAGAAGACAAAUAGUUGUAGUACACUGUGCUGAUGUAUACAUAUUUCUUAGCUUUGUAUGUGAUAAUAGUUUUUGUUUUGUACAGAUGGAAGUGUUUAUAAUCUCAUGAGAAAUCUCUCAUAAAGUUUAUCAUUGUUAAUGUUUACUCACUCAUGCCAGUAAGCUGAAACCAUUGGUUGUUAGCUUUAUUAAUGUGUAUAUAUAUGGGCAAUGUGCAAAUAUGACUUACAUAGUGUAAUAUUUACUGUAUAUUUUGUCUUGUUUUAAGAAGUAUUAUAUAUCUUUUUAUGUAUUUGUGAGUGUCUAUUUGCUUUACUAUGUCUGAAGUGAUCUUGUGAACUCACUCCAAUCAUAAAUUUCAAGUAUUCUUAAUUUCUAAACCUACUACCAUGGUUGAAAUACCAAUCCAGUAAUCAAGUUUAAAGGUCAUUAAUUUACAUUAUUGUAUAGAUUAUUUAAAGUUUCUGUACCAUCUUGCCUCUAAAUCUGGUCACAGAUCUGUUUGGCAUAUGACAACAAUUAAGCGUACAAUCUAUCCUAAAGUUAGUUGGGGAACGAAACCAUUCAACUUAAAUAUGCAGGUUUUAAAUGUUUUCUAAUGGUUUAAGACCAAUACUAUUUUAAUCAAAGAUAUAUGGAAUAUGUUUUAAAAUCUUAAAAUAUGGACAUUUUAUUUUAUUUAUUACACAAGUUACAAUUAUAGAAUAAAAAUAGACUAUUGCAAAAGUCUGUUGUGCUUUUUUUUAAAAGUUGGAAAAAAAAAUUCUAAAUGAGAAGUUACAUUGUAGCAGUAAUGUCUGCCUGAGUUUGAUGACUUUCAUAGCUGGAAAGGAACAUUACACAUAGAAUUCAAUAACUGUAAAUACCAUUAUAUAUCUGUUGUGUUUUUGUAAGGAAAGUUUUUAUCAAUUAAUCCAGUCACAGCCUUCAAAAUCUAUUUCAACAAUGUUACAAUAAUAUUAGGUUUAAUUUAUGAUUCCUAUUAUAUGAAUAUAAGUACUCUAGUUUAUAUUUAUCCAAGAAAUUACAGUAUUAAAAGAUUGAUACUUGAAUGGAGAGAAAUCUGCUGUUAUUUAUGAUCUUCAGUAUGAAAUUCAUGGCUUGAACACCCAAAUUCUGUGCAUUUGGUAGACUCAAACAAGUUCAAAAGGUUCUUCAACAAUUUUUGCAUACUUUUGAGCUUUAAUAUCUCAAACAGUCUGAUAUGAAUUAAAAAAAUAAUGUUGACUCGGAAGUUUUAGCUACUCGAUAUUAUAUUUAAGAAAUAUUACAUAGAUAUUCUGGUAAAGUAUGGAUACAGUUAAUCUUGGACAAAUAAUAUAAUUAUUAAAUCAUAAUAUUAUUCUUAUAUAAUAAUCUGUUACAAAGGUGAUAUACAGUUAUAUAGUUACUAGUCUACUGCUACUACAUUUACAGUGUAUUUACUGGCUAUUUGGAAUAGCCUGUAAAUAAGUGUUCUAUUAUACAGAAAGUAAUGGAAAAUGUUUGCUUCCAGUUAAAAGUUCAUACCCAGUAAAUAAAUCUUUUUCAGACAAUUUAGUCAAAAUAGUAAAUUUAUUUGUCUAUAACUUUAUAAAGAAAAUACAUACUGAGGUGUAACUAUAUCCAGUAAGUUUGAAGAUUUGUUUGCCAAGUAUGUUGAUAGAAAAUUUGCAGCUGUAGCAAUGCCCGUUAGUAUUUCAAAGCCUUGUACUUAACACAGGAAAAAUGAGCAAGCAAACUAAACACAUAUUGGUUAACUAUACUAUGAGUAGCUCUAAAUGUUCAACAGAACUUUUGUUUCCUAUAUAGUGUGAAAAAAAUAAGCAAUACUCUGUUUAAGUGUAUGUGAAUGUAAAAUAACAAAAUAUGACACUAUUCAUCGUCAUAUGGACAAACUGGUAUAACUAGACUGUAUAUCAAUUUGUAGGGUAUGAAACAUUUAUAUUUAGUAUGUUAACAUAAACUUCUGCAACUUAUAUUGAUGUCCUAUUUGUGUUUUGUGAUUAACAGUAAUAUUAAAAUGCUGAAUGAAA